GGUUCUUUAGAUUUACAAAAUCGCCCUCCCAACUCCUUUUUGGAUUCUAGUUCUCUGACCUCUCUCUGAAAAGGACAAUUUCGUCCGGAAAAAUAAACCAUUCAGUAGGCCACCACUCGCACUUUAUCCACCCACCGUAAAGCCCCCAAGAAACUUCCCGUAGUGGAUCCAAAAACCGCCGCGUCGGCCCAAAAUUCUUUCGCUUUCCGUCCUCGAGUUAACGUUAUUUCGGUCAAAGAAAAUUUUAGGUGGGCUCAGCGUGGAGGCUGAACCGCCGAGGGCUGCGCCGGACCGCCGGUGUCGGUUUUGAAAUUCGGUCCAUCAUGCCCCAUUAUUCUCUCGAUCUUUUUCGUCUACCUACUUAUAAUGGUUUUUCCUUGGAUGGGACCCAAUCCGACGGUUACGAUUUUGGGUAGGAUGACUGUAGACCGUCCGAUUAAACUGCUGAGAAACCGAGAGGUGAGAAGACCGAAAGCAAGAUUUUUAUUAGGUGUGCCAAAGGCGUACAGUUACAGGUGGUGACCCAAUUUCUGCCGUCCAUGUCAGAGAGGGUCGUGUCACGUGAGAGAGAUAGUCACGUGACCAAAAAACGGGUAGUGGGCGCGUGGUGCUGCUUUCACAAUAUUCCAUUUGGGUCUCUUCGCCACCCUGAUCUCGCCCAGCUGUCGUCUUAACUCCGGCAAUUAUGUCGGAGCGUUGACGACGGAAGGUGUGUGGUGUAGAUAUGAGUUGUGGGUGGUCUGUGACAUUUUUUUUUAAUAUUGUGUGUAUCUGGGGAUGGAUUUGGUUCUUGAGGACUUGAGGCAGUACAAGUUUUACUUUGUAAUUUAUUGGGUGGCAUUGUUUAAAGCUUCAAACUUGUUUAUUUUGUUUUAUGUUCUUGAGCGGUUGUUUGUAUGGGUAUUGGUCUAUAUAUUGAUUAAAAGCAUGUUGGGGUGAUGAUUUUUGCAGGGUGCUGCUGCAAGUGAAACCACUAGCACAACUUCCAAGAGAUCAAGAAGAAAAAAGACUUUUGCUGAACUUAAAGAGGAGGAGUAUUUGCUUUUGAAGGAAAGAUUUCAUUUGAAAAAGGAGAUAGCAUCAAUGCGUGCUACCUUUAAAGAACAGACAGCCAAAAAUGAGAAUUUGAAGAGGAUGAAGCUUGAUUUGAACUUGAACACUGCAAAUAACGGGAGUUUAUCUGCUAAUGAACGCGAUGAAGCAACUUCUAGCCAAUCCCAACAGAGAAUUGCCUCUUCACAAGGACUUGAUGAUGAUAAGUCACUUUUGGGUUCUUGCAAGGCUGUUUCUAAUGAGGGAAAUUCUUUUCCAUUGCCUGAUCUAAACAUGAUGCCUUCUGAGGAUGAUUCUGGUCCGGAGACUUUCUAUGGGACAAGUUGACUUGGACCCAUGAUGUUUGGUUGUGUUGUCACAGCCGAAGUGCCUUAAUACUUUCUGGUGCAACAUGACCAUUUCUAAGGAGCAGUUCACCUGAUAUAUGUAGACUAUAUGUUUUAAGCUUGCUGGGCCAAAUAACAGAUUUGAAGAUUUAACUUGCCACAACUGCGAAUUCUAGAAGUGCAGAUGAAGUUAACAGCUAGUGAAGAUGAGGAAGGCAGCUUCGAUACCAGUAUAAAAAUCCUAGAUCACUCCAAAAUUCGUUUGGGUAAACCCUCAUUACUUCCUGGAACUCAUGUACAAAAUGAUUCUGAUUCUUUCUAGGUAAUCAGCUGAACUGGGAUGUGGCUUCUUGAAAGUUGGAAAACAAUUUCACCAUUUUGUUUUGACAAUUCUUUUCCAAUUACCCAUAUGGUCAUGUCCCUUUUCUCCUACUACUAACUUGGUUAGGAAUUUUCAGAAGGAAUUUCUGGAUUGUUUUCUGGAUAUUUAAUUAAUUUAUAAUCUUUGUUCUUAUUGAAGAUUCAAUGUCAUUUUCCUCCUGAAUUUGUGCCUUUUAAUUUAAUGGCAGUUUAUAAAAUUGGUUUUUUGGAUGUGAAAGAGAUCCCAUUUGUAUAUCUUAUGCGUGUCACCAUGACAAAAGGAGAUUCGUUAGAAAAUCGAAGAUACCACCUGUUUUCCAUACCCAGGAGAAGUCUCAUAGACUAAAAUUUGCUGCAUUGGGACUAGAGGCCAUUGGUUUUUGGCUCUAGCCAUAAUAAAAAAAAUGGGUAACACCAAGAAAUCAGAGCAGGACAAAGAUUUCAGAACGUGGUGUUGUAGGGCUCACACGGGCCUUAAUGCAUAUCCAGAUAUAAAGAAUUUCAGGUACU